GUAAAGAAGUUCCAUAUGUAUUUGUUUGGCCGCUCUUUCACAUUGUACACAGAUCAUCAGCCCUUAACGUCAAUCUUUCAUUCGCGGAAAAGCAUCCCUGUGGUCACUGCGGCUCGACUGCAACGUUAUGCCUUGUUCCUGACGGGCUAUGAUUACACCAUUGAAUACAAGAACACUAACGUUCACAGUAAUGCCGAUGGUCUUUCCCGCCUACCACUCGUAAAGGAAUCCAGAGAUGAAGAAGUUGUCGACCCUGUGGGUGUAUGUAAUUUGAUGCAGUUUGAUCCACUGCCAGUCACAGUGGAUAACGUUCGGCGAGAAACACAGAGAGAUCCUGUUUUGGCUCAAGUGUAUGAGAUGACCAGUAAAGGUUGGCCACACAACACUGCUCCUGCACUCAAUCCCUAUUUUGUUCGCAAAGAUGAGAUCACAUUACAAUCAGGCUGUCUGAUGUGGGGAAUAAGAGUCGUAGUACCUCCAAAGUUGCGCCCUCAAGUUCUCGAAGAACUGCAUCAGGGACAUAUGGGGGUCGUGAGGAUGAAGGCCCUCGCCCGAAGUUACAUCUGGUGGCCUGGAAUCGACAAGGAAGUUGAACGGACGGUUAAGUCCUGCUCAGGUUGCCAACUAACACAGAGAGAGCCCAGUACAGUACCGGUACACGCAUGGGAGUGGCCUUCGUCCCCCUGCCAACGAAUUCACAUUGAUUUUGCAGGUCCGUUCCUCAACAGCAUGUUCUUGGUGGUAGUGGAUGCACAUUCAAGAUGGCUAGAGAUAGAGAAAAUGACUAGUACAACCUCAGAGAAGACCUUUGAAGUCCUUCAUAAAUUAUUUGCCAGAUAUGGAAUACCAGCCCAGUUGGUAAGCAAUAACGGAUCGCAAUUUACAUCAGAAGAGUCUCAGCAAUUCCUUAAGAGAAACGGAAUCAAACACAUCACGUCAGCACCUUACCACCCUGCCAGCAACGGGCUGGCGGAACGCGGUGUGGGGAGCUUCAAAAGUGCGAUGAAGAGCGAAACUGAGGUGAAAUCCUUGAAUCUUAAGUUGGCAAGAUUUUUGCUGGCUUAUCGGAACACUCCUCACUCAACCACUGGAGAGCCACCAUCCCAGUUGUUCUUGGGAAGAAGAUUACGCACUCCACUGGACCUUUUAAAACCAUGAUCUCAGCGUCCAGAUAAACAACCGUCAGAUAGACCAGUCUGUCGCCAAGGGUGGUUCUGCAACGCGGCAUUUUUCCAUUGGCCAGAGCGUAAUAGCACGAAAUUACAAUGGAAAAUCAAAGUGGGUACCAGGUAUUGUGCGUGCACAACUAGGACCCCUGUUUUAUGAAGUGGAGAUUGGGCCUAACUUAGUUUGGCGUCGA